CCGGCGAUCAUGUUAUUGCUGGGACAACAAGAGCAGGAAACCACACAAAAUGAUUGUAGGUGUGCUGUAGUACUUUCUCAUCUCUCAUCAACAUCAUGACCGUUGAAGAAGCACUCUUUUCCGAUCCAUCUGGUGCACGCGGAGCAGCGGACUCGGUCCUCUCGAUUUGUCCCGCUGGCCGCGAAACGACGCAGGAGGUCGCAGAGUCACCAUGCUCGGACGGAAGCAAAAGAACAAAUGACUGUCUAUUUUCGGAGGAACGAGUGCAGAAUGACAGCGACUCUACUGGUGCUGUAGCCGCCGAGUCUGAGACAAGUCCUCCAGGAAAGACCAAGUUUAGCCAUCCGGCCUUUCCCCGGGCUUCGUCUUCACGCUUGCUGCACUCGCGCAUGGUGCAGAUGCUGCGUCGCGGAACGGCGCCUGCAGCUGCACGAAGGCAAAAAAGCAACAGCCAAGCUUCAACAUCUUCUAGUGUAUAUGGAUCUUCUUCGUCGAGUUCUGGUGGUCGUGGCGACUUUAUUUAAGGCUUACUUACCCUUUUUGUACAAGAACAAAUCAAUAUAGCACUAGUUUGGUGAACCGGUACCCUGGAGCGAACUAGUGGGUGCACAUAGCGCGAGAACCGAGCACUUCUCUGAGGCUAGCACAGGCCUCGGCCGCCUCCGAUGAGAAGACCUCCGGGGCUGUUGGACGACACGCGGCGGCUAGAAUAGAUGGAUCCUACUUAACAUGGCCAUUGCUAACAUUUCUGUAUCUGUACUUCUCUAUCCUUUACCUACUAUCCUUGCUUUUUCUCUUCCUAGUUAGCUUGGCUCCACCCAUAAUAUAGCACCUACUACCGGGUUACCACUUUAUAUCUAUAGAUACAUGUUCUGAAGCAUCGCAUCCUGGGGAGGUUUUUUAUGGGGAAAAAGGGUCAAGGUUGUAUCUCAGGAUGGAUUAGGGUGGCAUCUAAUUGACGAACGUUUCGCGAUGGAGUACUGGGUGCCGCUCAUCAUCAGUCCGGAACGUAAAACAAAGAAUAACCGGAAUUCCUGAACAUGCUCCGAUUGUUGCGUGGAAAAAUGUCAACAUCUGCUAUGGUUUAUGGAUAAUUUUGCAAAUCAUGCUGGGCAAGAUUCAAGAUAGCGAUUCAGAUCCAAGUCAGAUAGCGAUUAACUGUAUAAUUUUUAAUCAAAUGCAAAAGUAACGAGAACUCGAGACUAAUGAUGGCAGCGACAUAUUAAUCUAAUCCUCCUCCUCCUGCUUCAUAUCCAGAGAAUAGCACAGUGGCCUCCGAUUUGGUCCGCGGGUUGCUAGAGGCAUGCUCACGUGCUGCUCGACGAGAUCGGAGGGCAACGCUGUCGUCACGAAUGUCAUCGGCAAGGCAGUCAGCCGCCUCUUCGGAACUACAAGGUUGGCGCCACACGAAGUCCGAUAGUAGCCGAACGAGUGGUCUCAGUCGCUUAAGUGAGUCUUAAGGCAACUAUAGAAGUAAGUAAGUAAGUAAGUAAGUAAGUAAGUAAGUAAGUAAGUAAGUAAGUAAGUAAGUAAGUAGAUGACUCAUCUCUCUUGAGUGAGAGCAAUACAGUAGGUAGAUGAUUCAUCUUUUUCUCUGAUGAGGACGUCCUUGAAAGGUAAAGGUAUUUCACUUGUGAAGGAAUACGUUCAAGGAUUUGCAGUUGAAAGAUUAACCUGAAUCGAUUGCUGGCAGUGGAGUAGUGCUGUCUAAGACACAAAUGAAUGAAAGAAGUCGACUCUAAGAAUCAUUGCGCCUGAGGCGAAGCCGAACGCAGAAGAUUUAUGUCGAGAUUCCUGUGCAAGAUUUGUUAGUAUCCUCGGUUAUCAACACGACGAGUGAUUCUCCAGGAGCCGCAGAGAAGGACUUGCUGUCACCAUCAGAAGACGAAGGCACGACGCGCGAAAACUUGAUCAGUAAACGACAAGGGAAGAGCCUUAUGGCAUGUUAUACUAGUGAAUAUUUAUAAGUAACUACAAUGUUUUUCUGGCCCUGAAUUGCUAACAUAACUGGUCUUUAUGGGCACUACGGACAGUGUCAUCAGGGACACAUACAUGACAUGACAUGACAUUUUUGUAGGAACGAAGGACGACCUACUUCACAAUAAUUCCGUGCUUCGUCGUCUACAGAUUGACGGAGCCUGGAUGGCGUCUAAGUAAAUUACUGAGACGCCAUCCAGGCUCCAUCAGCAUCAAUCUGUAUUACUAAUACUAGGACUUUCUCCUUCAUCUCCUUUGCUUCUGUAUUUUCGGAGACCGCGAGUAGGAAAUCGUAUGGGGAGAAGACCGAGAGCGUCCUCGUAUCCUGCAAUCCACGUUUGGUGAGGAGCUGGCAGGAUGAUGUCGAUACCUACGCUGCAAUUUCGUUGUUUAUUGCGCUAGAUGGAGUUGUUGGUAUUAUAACUAGAGUGAUUGGCUAGAAGAUGGAGUUGUUGGUAUAGAAGCUAGAGUGAUAGAUUGUAGCUUUUUUUCUAACUCACCUAACUACUUCUACGUAUUGCGGUAGAAUACGAUCACCUUAACUAAUGGAUUGUAGAUACAACAUCAUAACACCUAUAAUUAUUAUACCUAGAUUUUUCGGACUUCACGCUUUGGUCGCGCAGCGUUUUAUUGCGUGGGAAGGCGUCUUCGCUCUAUGUCAUUAUGGACAAGGAGCGGGAGGCCGAGUGUCGACGUCUGUUUCCUGAGACGGCCAAUUUCAUGCUUAUCGAUUCUCCAGCCGUCCGAAUGUCUUUCAAAAGUGGCACGAGCUCCGCAAUUAGCACUCCCCGGGAAUCCUCGAGGACGAAUGACGACUUAGCUGUACAAUACCCUUUGUAUGGCAUAUUGCAGACCGCUUUGACAGACCUGCUGCGGACAGAGGACCCCAGUCAUACUGAUUUCGACGGCAGCAGUGCGCAACGUGUAGCGCGGUGUGUUCCGUGCAAGCGCUGCUGUGGGGUUGCGAGUUGAUUUCAGCAAGCUGGGGACUUGUUCUUGAGCUCCCUACAGAAUGCUUCAACCUCUUUGCACAAACUUCCACGCCCUUUGCAACUGAUCUCCCUGUGUGAGUACCUCUUGUUAGGUAAAAAAUGAAUGAAUGAAUGAAUUUGGAGCUUACUUUUAUCGAUCAUGAUCCGUGUAGACUGUUCUUCCACUUACUCUUAUGUUGAUUGAAAUUGCAUUAAAAACUACUAAGAGGUAUGGCCCUCAACGUUGUUCCUUGAUGUAGUAGACGCCUUUUUGCCUCGCUGCUCCUGUUUGUCGUGUGUGUGAUUUUUGUUCUUCGAAUCAUUGGCCCAGCACGCAUCGGAGUUGGUACCAUACGAAGGACUUGUAUAGAAGUAUUGUGUAUUUUUCUUGCCCAGUUUGACGCUUGUUGACCCUGCAUUACUUAGUACGGCUUACAUUGUAAUAAAGCUAGUAUGUUGAUUUGAAGUUGAUGCGUGUAUAAUCAGUCAAUUGUUGAUAAAAGUGAGAUCGAUUGUAUCAUGGACCUUCAGGGGAUACUGUUGCAGUG